CAAAGCGGAAAGAAAAUGGCGGCCGUGGCUGCGGAGCCAGGAGCUGUUGCGGUAUUAACAACAACAGCGGGGGACUGUGGUGAGCUCGAACCGGUGCCAGCUGUGCCGGGGGCCAAACUCGACUCCGAUGCAACGCAGCAGUACGCGCCAGUAAUAGACCUUGUUCACCAACUCAAGGAUGGGGAUGCAGUUCAGGAAUGCAGCCAGGUCCAAAUGGAGCUAGUGAGCAGGCCAGACCAAGAAGCCGCGGGAAAAGUCCUCGCUGCUUGUGCAGAGGAUGAACACAUCGAUACAGGAUGUCUCAUGGUCGGCGUAGAAAAUACCGAUAACCAUUCUCGCGAGGGCUAUGGUUCGAAAUACACAAUGUCGAGGGCAGAACGUUUGAAACAAUUUUUUUCGCCUAAUGUUGAUCCUGCAAACGAGCUCAGUAAGCACGAGCCCUACGCCUGCCAUCAGAAUAGCUCCAUCUCCGAUUCACAGCCAUCGGUGGUCUUUUUGCAUUCGUUCCCUGCGCAUCCUGUGACUACGGAGGCUGGGCUGUCGUUGGCAGAACCAGCAGAGCCCAUGAUCAAUUACUAUCAAAACACAGAAUUAACCCAACCUACUAUUAUCGAGUGUGACUAUAGAGCUUUAAUCAAACCGUCCCACGAGGCUGAACUGGAGCCCGAAUCAGCAGAUGAUGCUCCUUCUGGUACCGAGUACAAGGCCGAGUCUUCGGAAGAUGCCUCUCUUGAACAUCCCCAGUCCAUAGAACACGUCGACUCUCUGCCAGUUCUAGAGACGGAGACACUCCUUGGAACACCCAUGGAAACUGGAUACAUUUAUGACUUUUUGAGCAUCACAAACCAGAACUCUCCGAGUCCCGAGCUUCCUGUAAUGGCAGUGGGUCAGGUUCCCUCCUCGGCAGAACUUGGGGACUCGUGCUCACGACAGCGGAGUUUGGAAACGAACUUCCACGAGAGCGAGACGGUAUUGAAACCCCCUCACCCCAUGCCCGUUGCUGAAACUGAGGAGGUACAGUCCGAAUCAGUGGACAAUCUGAUACCUGGUUCCGAAGUUCGAGUAUCUCUGGAUCACAUCAUCGACGACGCACUGGUGGUGUCCUUUCGGUUAGGCGAGAAGAUCUUCUCUGGGGUUCUGAUGGACCUCUCUAAAAGGUUUGGACCCUAUGGAAUUCCAAUCACUGUGUUCCCAAAGAGAGAAUACAAGGAUAAACCUGAAUCUAUGCAGCUAAAGACAGAAACAUUCCAGCCAGAGAAGGUGGAAAAGCCAGUCCAGGAAAACCCUGACAGCCAAGUUGUCGCAAUCCCCGAACCAAACCCUGACCCCCAGCCUAAGCCUAACCCAUGGACUUCAAAACCUCCGCCACUGUUUCAGGAGGGAGCCCCUUACCCUCCGCCAUUGUUCAUCAGGGACACCUACAACCAGUCGUUACCUCAGCCGCCCCCCCGCAAGAUCAAGCGGCCCAAGCGCAGGCUGUAUCGCGAGGAGCCCACCUCUAUCAUGAACGCCAUCAAGUUGCGGCCCCGCCAGGUGCUCUGUGACAAGUGCAAGGGGACUGUCAUGACCGUGGACAAGAGGGAGCCACGUAGAGGCCCUGUGUCGGACUCUAGGGGCGAGGACGCCAAGCGGAGACGCAACGACAGUGCAGCUACUGUCAGCAAGCGGCCGCGUAAUGAACCUCGCUCUGAGGAGAAGCGCCAUGCUGCUGAGGUGUCCAAACGGCAGGCCUCAGGGAUUCAAGUCUCCUCUUCCUCUUCUCUGGGCCAGGUGAAGGGCGGAGCUGGAGGGAACAGGGUUCUGAGGACAACAUCCACCACAACAACAUCACCGGUCAACAGCAGCUCCAGAGUCCAGCUCAAUGCCAAGAAAGUGCUGCAGAGCAAAAAUGUUGAUCACUCCAAGGCACGGGAGGUGCUGAAACUGGCCAAGGCGCAGAAGAGGCAGAGAGAGGCUACAGUGGUCACCGAUAGCAGUGGCAACGCCAAGACGAUGACGAGGGCCGCUGCCCUGCAGGAGGCCCACGCCCACCAGAAGGUCCACUUCACCCGGCGGCUGCAGCAGAUCAGCGGGGUGGGACCAAGCAACGCCACCCCUCUCCCGCCCAGGAUGCGCAUCAAGCCCCAAAGGUACCGUAAUGAAGAGAAUGACUCUUCUACAUGUAAGCCGCCUUGCCUCGAGAAAGUGCCGGGAAGUGGCAGUUUGUCCCCUCCAAAGCUAGGCGCGCCCCGCUGCACCUCCACGCGCUCCUCCUCCUCCUCCUGCUCCACAGGCGAGGCCACUGCUGCUGAAAACCAGGGUCCAGAUAAAGGGCCAGAACCUGAGCUCAGUCCUCAGACCCAAUCCCAGCCCCAAGUGGAACCCCUCACAGUCACGGAGCACAGCGACCCCAAGGUGGAGCCAGAGGAGCAGGGGGGGCGGGAGGAGAGGCGGGAGACGCGCGGCAGCAAGACUGGCAACCUUGUGGUGUACAUGACCCUUAACCCCAGCCAGCCUGACUCCUCUAAUACCUCCAUGUGCAGCAUUGAUAGUGCAGAUGACUUAAAGUCUUCAAACUCAGAGUGUAGCUCCACCGAGACCUUUGACUUUCCCCCUCCCGGUGAUUUGCACUCGCCCCCCGCCCCCGGCACGUCCUCAGCAGUCACUGACACCUCGCCUGCACCUACGGAAGAGAAAACCCCUCGUAAAUCUCAGAAAGUGUUUUCCAAAAAUGUGUCUAAGUGUGUCUCUCUGGACGGCAGAAGCAUUUGCGUAGGGGACAUCGUUUGGGCCAAAAUAUAUGGUUUCCCUUGGUGGCCAGCCCGCGUCUUAGGCAUCCAGAUCAGCCGCAAAGAUAAUGGGCUCUUAGUCAGGCAGGAGGCCCGUGUCGCCUGGUUCGGUUCACCCACCACCUCCUUCCUGGCACUUGCACAGGUCGCCCCCUUUCUAGAAAGCUUCCAGUCACGCUUCGACAAGAAGAGAAAGGGCUUGUACCGUAAAGCCAUCACAGAGGCAGCCAAGGCUGCCAAGCAGCUCACUCCUGAGGUUCGCGCCUUGCUUACGCAAUUCGAGACGUGAGGUGGUGUGCUUUGGGGAAAAGGAAAGUGCUACAACGCUGAAGGGCUGCUGAUGGGUCCUUUACACUGCCAUUGGUUGAGAGACUGUCGGACGGAAGGACAUGUCCAGAAUUGGAGACGUCAUCGAUAUAAUUAUUUUUAUUUAAGUAUCGGAAGAAGGAACAUUUAUAUAUUUAUAAUGAAUUGCAGACCUACUCCACCUCUGGGCCUGUCCAUCAUGCUGAAUACCAUUUGAUUUCUUUGAGCAGGCGUCCAUGUCCACAAGCAUGUGACCUUAGUUUGAGUGAGGACAUCUGCAGAGUAGACGAGCACUCUGACCAUUAUAGAUAUCUAUUACAUUUGUAUUACAUACAUGUUGACAGGACACAGGAUUUUGCAGGGUUUUUAGUAUGUUGAUCAGUGAUCUUGAAAUGCAAAGACAAAAAAAUUAAUACUAUGUAAAACAUUUAUAUUAAUGCAAUAAAGAUUGCAUGUGCUAUGCUAUUACAGUGCAUUUGCAGAAGGCUGUGCUUUGUGUUGAAGCAGUCUUGAAAAAGAAUACUGGUGUCUCAAGCCCCAUUUAUACCUGGUGCUAACAUGCGGUCUGUGUCCUGAUCCUGUCCACAUUCUGAUUGUGCCCGCAUUUGAAGUGAAGUGAUUGUGAUCAGAUCUUCCUGACCACCUCAGGAGGUAGUCAGGGACACGUUGUAUCUAGAUAUCUUAGAAGUGUAAACAGAUCUGGAUUAUCAAACCUUUUAAAUAUUCCCUCUUGACUCAAGGCAAUAUUUGUUUUAUUUAUCCCUUUUUCUCCCCAAUUUCGUGGUAUCCAAUUGGUAGGUACAGUCUUGUCCCAUCGCUGCAACUCCCGUACGGAUUUGGAAGAGGCGAAUCAGGAUCUCUAAUGUCACAGCUAGCACUGUGAUGCAGUGAAUUAGUCCACAGCGCCACUCGGGAGACCCAGCAAUAUUUGUCUUAACAUAAAAUAAAAAUUUGCAUUAAUAUGCUGAAUUAUACCUUUUUUGAGAAAGGUGAUUGGGAGGAUUAGAACCUGUGACCUUCUGGUCCCUUGCCAAAUCCAUUGCACCAGCAGGGGGGAUGGUACUAGCCCAGACUUGUCACAUAUUUAAAGCUGUUCAGCCAGAAAGUUAGUAGAUUAGAAAUGUGAUAAGUUAAAAAUGUAGGUUAAUAAAGUUUAAAAAAUAAGUCGCAACUGGGAUUCGAACUGGCAACCUUGCGGGUCGCAACCAAUGAUAUAUAUAUAUAUACACACAUAAGAUGACUGAGGGGGGUGCUGUUUUGAAGCAACUGUGCCUCCAUGUUGGCACUCCCCCACCAUUAUAAAAAGAUAUUUUGAAAGCUAUAGAACUACAAAUGUCUUUUUCUUAAUGUCUACAUUUGUUUUAUCCUUUUACAAACACCUUAAUGCUUACUUUCAAAUGAUAUGUGAGCUGAACAUACAUUAAAUGUUUAGAUUUUUUUUUAUUUGUAUCAUUUUUUUAAAGCACUUAUGUCCCCACUACAACAACAAAAUACUUAAAUCAAUGUAAUUUUUUCCUUGAAAACAAUAAUAAGUAAUUGAAAUACUGUAGAUUUAAAUUCAUUCCUAUUGAGGAUUGCUUCUUCUGAGUCCCAAUAUGACCGACUGGUGGGUUCUAAGCCUCUCAUCUACCAAUACAUAGCAUUAGCAAUCUAAGGUUUAUAUACAUAAUUUGUUGCAACAAUUUAACUCCCUCCAUCCAUCACCUCCAACCUACCUCCCUAAGGGCCUUUUGUUGUUGUUGCUCUCACCUGUAACUCCAACCACUGACAUUCUAAGCUUUGCCCACUGAGCAUUAGGCCUAGAUUAAAUAAGAUCAAGCGCUAACCAGCGAUAGCUGACACCCGCAUAGCUGAUGUUUUGGCGGUGUCGGAGGUGUAACUGCGUUGGAGCUGUCAAAUCGGUGAGCAGCUGCUCUUAAUCGUUGUCACGAAACCACACCCGUUCCGCUCACAUUAGAAGUUCAGAACGAGAGACUUGGCUAUUUACAGUGCAUUUGGAAAGUAUUCAGACCACAUUUUGUUUUGUUAC